AGUAAUAUCUGGAAAAAAUUUAUUUUAUUUUAUUUGAGCAGAUUAAACGUGUAAUAACCGGAUAAGCAUGGUCUGUAACCUAAAACGAAUAUUGUUUGUCUGGUUCAUUCUUUUCAACAGAUCCUGUCAAAGUAUGAAAUGUUAUCAAUGCAAUAGUCUGCUAAAUCCUAACUGUACUGAGAAAGCUGUUGAUACUAAAUACCUACAAGACUGUUCAAAGAUGCAUAAUGCAUGUCGUAAAAUGUCCUCUGCAUAUUAUUUUAAAAGUCCCACUGAGUAUGUAACAAUAAGAGAGUGUGCAUUUCUUUAUAAAGAAGACAAUAAAUGUUACAAAGGAGCAAAUACUCAAACUAGUUAUCAACAUAUAUGUGAGUGUAAGAGUGGACCAGGUUGUAAUAAAUCUUCUAAAAAUGUCUUAUGGAGUUUACCACUAGUAUUUAUUAUCCAGUUAAUUCUUUUAUCAUUUUCUGAGCUGUUAAUUUAA